AUGGUGGAUUCCGAAAAGAUGGACGAGGGUGAUUCGCCUGUUUACUUGCCCGUCAAGUCUGAGCAGCAGCAGAGCUCAAUUCAAAAAACAGCUUCGCGUGGUUCUGGCAAUAUCGAGAGAACAUGGUCCCUGAACGAUGGCUACAGUGUUACUGGUGGGGUUGACGAUAACGAGCACGGCAAUGGCAAAGAAAUCGGCCAAUCUGAAGAGCCAGGAUCUGAUACAGAAAUUAUUGUCAAAUGGGACGAGAACGACCCGGGAAAUCCAAGGAACAUGAGCCUGGGCAAGAGGUGGCUCAUCACCAUUUUUGUCUCUCUCGGCUCGAUUUGCGUAACCUGUACUUCCUCUAUGUAUGUGAUGACUUACAAGCAAAUCACCCAGGAGUUUGGAUGCUCGACCGAGGUGGCCACUGUUGGCCUGACUACCUACAUCUUCGGCCUCGGAGUUGGCCCAUUAUUCCUGGCUCCUCUAUCCGAGUUUUACGGACGCCGCAAGAUCUACCUGGUCUCCUUUACGCUCUUUCUCAUCUGGAUGAUUCCAUGUGCCGUGGCCCAAAAUAUUGAGACGAUGCUCGUGGUUCGCUUCUUCAGUGGUUUGUCCGGUGCAGCCUUUUUGAGUGUUGCUGGAGGCACCGUGGGCGACAUGUUCAAUCGCCAUGAGUUGGCGGGCCCCAUGAUGCUGUACACGGCGAGUCCUUUCGUGGGGCCUGAGCUUGGUCCUUUGCUUGGGGGUUUCAUCAAUCAGUAUACAACGUGGCGCUGGACCUUUUAUACCCUUUUGAUAUGGGCCGCUGCCCAAUUAGCAAUACUGUACUUCUUCGUGCCAGAGACAUAUCACCCAGUACUCCUGCAAAACAAGGCCGCCAAGCUGCGUCAAGAAACGAAAGACAACAGAUACAUUGCACCUAUCGAAAAACUGAACAAGUCCAUCGCUCAGACAGUCCUUCGUUCCUGCUAUCGGCCCAUGCUGCUUCUGACCCUCGAGUCCAUGUGCGCAUGCCUAUGCCUCUUUUCGGCCGUCCUGCUAGGGAUUCUAUAUCUUUUCUUUGGCGCGUUCAACACGGUUUUUUCCACUGUCUACGGGUUCAAUCAAUGGCAGGUUGGACUCUCCUUUAUGGGGAUCUUUGUCGGCAUGCUGUUUGGAAUCUCGUCGGAUCCGCUGUGGCGCAAGAACUAUCAGCGUCUAGAGGCCAACCAUAUAAAGGUAGUCGGAGAGAGAGGGGAGUCCAUGCCAGAAUGGCGUCUUCCGCCAGCUAUUGGCGGUGCGCCGUUUGUCACUGUUGGCAUCUUCAUCUUUGCGUGGACUACGUAUUCUCAUGUCCACUGGAUUGUGCCCAUUAUCGGCACUGCCUUUUUCGGUGCAGGAGUCGUUCUGGUCUACUCGGGCAUCUUCACGUUCCUGGUCGACGCGUACCCCGAAUUUGCAGCCAGUGCACUGGCCGCCAACAGUUUUGCGCGGUCUAGUUUCGGCGGUAUUUUCCCUCUCUUUGGGACACAGAUGUACGAUCGGCUUGGCAUCCAUUGGGCUUCUUCGCUGUUGGGAUUUCUGACGUUGCUGAUGCUCCCAUUUCCGUACGUAUUCUUCCGGUACGGCAAGGAUAUUCGCAAGCGCAGUAAAUUUGCGACUUCGAUGACUUGA